UCCCAUCCACACAUGAAAGACCCGCCAAGUGAGGGUCUGACCGGCAGUGGUGCCGAGAAGACUCCGCGGGCUUGGGGUCCUUGUUUGUGGCUUCUAACACCGCUCUCUUCGCCCUCCUAAAUGGAAGCGGACGGCUUCGUGUCCCGGCGGAGGUCCCUGGAAGCGCCUGGGGUCGACAGCCGGGUCGCAGGCGUUGCCACUGGGGCGGAGAUCCGAUGGCUGGGCGGCAGACUUCUGGGCACCGGCGGAGGCUUCGUCGGGGUGUUGCCGUCAAGAGUGUCCAGCGAGCAGAGCUUCGCCCUGGCGUUGCACCGGGCGACACCGGGCAGCUCGUCGUCUUCUACCCAGGCGGAAGUGGACUAUGAAGGGCUGCCUCAGGGGGCCACCACCGGGACUCACAUGCUGGCGGGAGCCGUGGCGGGCAUCAUGGAGCACUGCGUCAUGUACCCCGUCGACUGUGUCAAGACGCGCAUGCAGAGCCUGCACCCCGAGCCGGGCGCGCGCUAUCGCAACGUGAUGGACGCCCUGCGGCAGAUCGUGCGCACCGAGGGCGUGUGGCGGCCCAUCCGAGGCGUCAACGUGCUGGCGGUGGGGGCGGGGCCCGCCCACGCGCUCUACUUCGCCUGCUACGAGAAGAUCAAGGUCGCGCUCAGCGACGCCGUCCACCCGGGCGCCAACAGCCACUUUGCCAACGGAGUGGCGGGCUGCAUGGCCACCGUGCUCCAUGACGCCGUCAUGAACCCAGCUGAAGUGGUCAAGCAGCGCAUUCAGAUGUUCAACUCCCCUUACCGCGGCGUGCUGGACUGCGUGGGCGCCACACUGCGCCAGGAGGGGGCGGCGGCGUUCUACCGCAGCUACACCACCCAGCUGACCAUGAACGUGCCCUUCCAGGCGCUCCACUUCAUGACCUACGAGUACCUGCAGGAGGCGCUCAACCCGCACAGACACUACCACCCCUCCUCCCACGUGGUGUCGGGGGCGCUGGCCGGCGCGCUGGCCGCCGCCGCCACCACGCCGCUCGACGUGUGCAAGACGCUGCUCAACACGCAGGAAGUGGCCGCCGUGCAGGUGGGUGGCGCCGCCACCACCACCACCGCCGGCCGCAGUAUCUCCGGCCUGGCCGAGGCCUUUCGGAUGGUAUACAGGACGGGCGGCGUGGGGGCUUUCUUCAAGGGCGUCCAGGCCCGCGUCAUCUACCAGAUGCCGUCCACGGCAAUCAGCUGGUCCGUCUACGAGUUCUUCAAGUACGCCAUCACCAAGCGGCAGCACGAAAGGCGACUGCGCGGGGACGCCGACAAAUGAAAGCAGAAGCUGGAAGCGUCUUCUCUCCAUUUCAAAGUUCUCAAGCUCCGCUGAAGAAGUAGGAGCGCUCUCGCAGCAGGUGGUGACCAACGCGCCUUUUUAGUACGGUCGGGUCAUGCUCCGGAUUACACUAGUGAGGAUAAUAAGCGCUAUAGAAACUAUCACGUGUCCAGCUUGUGAAUUUAGCUGCCAUCUUUAUAACCAUCUCGUCUUUAAAGGGGAACAUUAUCAGCAGAACUAUUUAAGUGUCAAUAUAUAACUUGAUGGUGCAGAAAAAAGACCAUCUAUUUUUUUAACCGAUUUCCGAACUCUAAAUUGGUGAAUUUUGGCGAAUUAAACGCCUUUCUGUUUAUCGCGCUGGAGGCGAUGACGUCAGAAUGUGACGUCGCCGAGGUAACACACCCGCCAUUUUCAUUUUCAACAUAUUACAAACACCAGGUCUCAGCUCUGUUAUUUUCCAUUUUUUUUACUAUUUUUUGGAACUUUGGAGACAUCAUGCCUCGACGGUGUGUUGUCGGAGGGUGUAACAACACUAACAGGGAGGGAUUCAAGUUGCACCACUGGCCCGAAGAUGCCAAAGUGUCUGCCGCCACACCCCCAUUGAAUGCGUCUCCACAUUUUACCAGCGAUGCUAAAGCAGACAUGGCACAGAGAUGUAUGGAUAACCUGCAAAUGCAUUUGCAACGAUAGUCAACGAAAUCACAAAGGUGAGUUUUGUUGAUGUAGACUGCCAGCUAAUCGAUGCUAACAUGCUAUUUACCGGCGGUGCUAAAGCAGACAUGGCACAGAGAUGUAUGGAUAACCUGUAGAUGCAUUUGCAACUAUAUUACGUUUCCUUCCACCCACAUUUAAUGCGAAACAAACACUUACCAAUCGACAGAUUUAAGUUGCUCCAGUGUCAAAAGAUGCGAAAGUCCUGAUUGUUUGGUCCGUACAUUUUACCGGCGAUGCUAACGCAGCUAUUCGGCCAUGCUAUGGCUAUGAAUAGCGUCAAUAGCUAUUCGCUCAAUAGCUUCAGUUUCUUCUUCAAUAUUUUCAUACUCCAACCAUCUGUUUCAAUAAUCCGUUGAAUCGCUUAAAUCGCUGAAAUCCGAGUUUGAAUCCGAGCUAAUGCUAUUCCCAUUGUUUGUUUACAUUGGCAGCACUGUGUGAUGUCACAGGGAAAUGGCCAGUGUCUUCGCAGAGAGCGAAAAUAAGGCACUUUAAAGCUUUAUUUAGGGAUAUUCCGAGACCGGUAAAAUUUUGAAAAAAACUUCAAAAAAUACAACAAGCCACUGGGAACUGAUUUUUAUUGUUUUUAACCCUUUUGAAAUUGUGAUAAUGUUCCCCUUUAAGCUCGCAGCGAGCGCUAAACAGGAAAUGACCUCUGGAUGAGCGGGACGUCACGCCUUGCCUUCAGGUAGCCGCCACACAUACCCACGCACAACUCUCACUUCUUAUUCAAUCUCUUUAUUUUUUUGGAAACUGUAAAGCAGUGUUAAUAAUAAUUAUAUAUUUAAAUGAAACUAAAAGGCUCCAACUAGCUAGUAUUUUUGUCAAUUGUUUGUCACAUUACGACCACGGACAAAUAUAUUUUGUUGGCAUUUGAUUUGAAAGACUAACAAAAAGUGGUAAACAAUUAGACUUAGACUUCCUUUUUAUUGUCAUUCAAAUUUGAACUUUACAGUACAAUUAAGAGCUAAAUUUUGUUGCAUUACCUCUUGGUACUGCAGGAUAAAAAAAGCAAUAAGGUGCAGAUAUAAAUAAAUAGAUUACUGUACAGAUAAAGAUAUUGCACUUUUAUCCAGGUUUAUGGAUGUAUGUUAUAUUUUCUUUUUUAUUCCAGCAAGUUAAUCCAUUUUGGGGGGAGUUGAGGGGAUAAUUUAAUUAUGAUGCGUUCAAGAGUCUUAUGGCCUGAGGGAAGAAGUUGUUACAGAACUCUGCUUCGGAGGCUGCAGAACCUCUUCCUAGAGUCCAGCAGUGAAUACAGUCCUUGGUGGGGGUGGGAGGAGUCUUUGCAGAUUUUCUGAGCCCUGGUCAGGCAGCAGCUUUUUGCGAUCUCCUGGAUAGUUAAAGUAAAGUUAAAGUACCAAUGACUGUCACACACAUACUAGAUGUGGCGAAAUUAUUCUCUGCAUUUGACCCAUCACCCUUGAUCACCCCCCUGAGAGGUGAGGGGAGCAGUGAGCAGCAGCGGUGCUGCGCCCGGGAAUCAUUUAUGGUGAUUUAACCCCCAAUUCCGACCCUUAAUGCUGAGUGCCAAGCAGGGAGGUCAUGGGUCCCAUUUUUAUAGUCUUUGGUAUGACUCGGCCGGGGUUCUAUCUCACGACCUACCGAUCUCAGGGCGGACACUCUAACCACUAGGCCACUGAGUAGGAGGAAGAGGAGUCCUGAUAAUAUUUUGCGCCGUCCUCACCACUCUCUGGAAAGACUUCCAGUCUGAGGCAUUGCAGACUCCAGUCCAGACAGAGAUGCUGUUGGUCAGCAGGCUCUCUAUACAGGUGCUGGUCAUAUUAUUAGAAUAUCAUGAAAAAGUUGAUUUAUUUCAUUAAUUCCAUUUAAAAAGUCAAACUUGUAGAAUGUAUACAUUCAUUCCAAACAGACUGAUACAUUUCAAGUGUUUUUUGCCAAAAAAGGAGAUGAUUAUAGCUGACAACCAAUGAAAACCCUAAAUUCAACAUCUCAGAAAAUUAGAAUAUGGUGAAAAGGUCAGAUAUUGGAGACACCUAGUGCCACACUCUAAUUAGCUAACUAACUCAAAACACCUGGAAAAGCCUUUAAGUGGUCUCUGGUUUUGAUUCUGUAUGACACACAAUCAUGGGGAAGACUGCUGACUUGACAACUGUCCAAAAGAUGAUCAUUGAUACUUUAAAGAAGGAGGGCAAGACACAAAAGGUCAUUGCCAAAGAGGUUGGAUGUUCCCAGAGCUCUGUGUCCAAGCACAUUAAUAGAGAGGUGAAGGGAAGACAAAGAUGUGGUAGAAAAAAGUGUACAAGCAAGAGGGAUAACCGCGCCCUGGAGAGGAUUGUCAAACAAAAAAAUGUGAGAGAUCCACAAAGAGUGGACUGCAGCUGGAGUCAGUGCUUCAAGAACCACCACGCACGGACUUAUGCAAGAUAUGGGCUUCAGCUGUCGCAUUCCUUGUGUAAAGCCACUCUUGAAUAAGAGACAACGUUAAAAGCGUCUCGCCUGGGCUCAAGACAAAAAGGACUGGACUGCUGCUGAGUGGUCCAAAGUUAUGUUUUCAGAUGAAAGUAAAUUUUGUAUCUCCUUUGGUAAUCAAGGUCCCAGAGUCUGGAGGAAGACAGGAGAGGCACAGAAUCCACGUUGCCUGAAGUCCAGUGUCAAAUUUCCACAAUCGGUAAUGGUCUGGGGUGCCAUGUCAUCUGCUGGUGUUGGUCCACAGUGUUUCCUGAGGUCUAGGGUCAAUGCAGCAGUCUACCAGGAAGUUUUAGAACACUUUAUGCUGCCUGCUGCAGACCAAUUUUAUGGAGGUGAAGAUUUCAUUUUCCAACAUGACUUGGCACCUGCACACAGUGCCAAAUCUACCAGUACCUGGUUUAAGGACCAUGGUAUCCCUGUUUUUGAUUGGCCUGCAAACUCACCUGACCUUAACCCCAUAGAAAAGCUAUGGGGUAUUGUGAAGCGGAAGAUGCGAGAUGCCAGACCCAACAAUGCUGAAGAGCUGAAGGCCCCAAUAAAGCAACCUGGGCUCUCAUAACACCUGAGGGUGCAACAGACUGGUCAACUUUAUGCCACGCUGUAUUGCUGCAGCAAUUCAGGCAAAAGGAGCUGCAACUAAGUAUUGAUUGCCGUACAUGCUGAAACUUUCCAUGUUCGUACUUUUCAGUUGGCCCACAUUUCUAAAAAUAUUUUUUGGUACUAGUCGUAACUAAUAUUCUAAUUUUCUGAGAUACUGAAUUUGGGAUUUUGAGUAAUUGUCAGUACUAAUCAUCAAAAUUUUAAGAAAUAAACAUUUCAAAUAUAUCACUAUGUGUGUAAUGAAUUGAUAUAAUAUGUAAGUUUCACCUUCUGAAUAUAAUUACUGAAAUAAAUCAACUUUUUCAUGAUAUUCUAAUGAUAUGAACAGCACCUGUAGUGCUUCUGUAGAAUGUGGUGAGAAUGUAGGGAGGGAGAUGUGCUCUUUUCAUCCGAAAUUGUGAAGUUCCAAGAAAUUUGUACGCGAUUCCAAACAUUAUUUACAAAAACUGGCAAGUGCAGUGUGCAAAAGUAUUCAUUCCCCCCUUUUCUUGGAGUGUAACCAUUUGCCUACAGAAGUCGAGAAUGGGAAGUGAAGUGAAUUAUAUUUAUAUAGCGCUUUACAUAGUGAAACCCAAUAUCUAAGUUACAUUCAAACCAGCGUGGGUGGAACUGGGAGCAGGUGGGUAAAACUGUUUGUCCGAGGACACAACGGCAGCGACUAGGGUGGCGGAAGCGAGGAUCGAACCUGGAACCCUCAAAUUGCUGGCACUGCCACUCUACCCACCGAGCUAUACCGUCGAUCAGGUUGCGAGGGCUCAAAGGGUUAGACCAUGCUUGCACCAAAAAGCCGAGAGACAUCUUGCAGCUCAAGUUAAACCUAAGUCAGGGUACUCUUAAAUUGAGCUAGAACUGUAGUAUUUUUUUCGAACAUGCUUACAAAGUCACAUCAAAAUACUGCACAUAUUCUGUCACAGUUCAACAUGUCCGAAAAAGAUUAAAAAUAGUUUACUAGAGUUGAGUUCCAAAUAAUUAUUGGUAUGUAUUCAGUGAUUUUUACUAAUGACUAACUGUAAUCUCAUCUCAGUACAAAUACAGUUGCUCUGUAACAGCCUCAGGGAUUGGUUCAUAGAAUAUCAAGUCCAAGCAACACACCAGACAAGUAAGGGAUAAAGUUGUGGAGACUUCUUCAUGGUUAGAGUUUCCGCUCUGUAAUUGUUAGGUCGUGAGUUCAAACCUAGUGGCCGAGUCAUACCAAAGACUAUAAGAAUUGGAACAAGAGGAUGAGGAUAGUGUGUUUGUGUGACUAUCAGUGGUACUUUAACUUUAACUUAAAAGCAGGCUUAGGCUGUAAAAAGACACCAUCGAUCGUCCCACGCAGCACUGUUCAAUUCAUUGUCCAUGCGGCACGCCUGUAAACCUACCAAGACAAGGUCGGCCAUCCAAACUUACAAGGAGACCACUGAUCAGAGCUGUGGCCAAGAGGCCCAACUGCAGAGAUCCACAGCUCAGGCCAGGGGACUUGUCCACAAGACAACCGUUAAUCGUGCCCCUUAUAGAAGAUUGGCAAGAGGAAAGUCAUUGUUCAAAGAAAAUAAGUUUGCCAGAAUCCAUGUUGGGAGGGACACAGCAAACAUGUGGAAGAAGGUGACUUGGUCAGACAAGACCAAAACGGGACUGGGAAGAUGGUCAAAGUUGAUAAGAAGAACGAUGAAGCCAAAUACAAAAGAAAACCUGUUGGAGUCUGCCAAAGAUUGCUCAAGAAGUUUCAUUAUGUCUCCUUAUUUAUAUAUUUUUCUUCUUUAGUCCCCUUGGGAGCAUAGGGCGUCUACCAUGGAUCUCCACCUCAUUCUCUACUGAGCGAUGGUCUUCGCUUCUUGCCACGAGAUAACCAUUUUGGUCAGUUGAUCAAGAGUGGACCGCCUCCAGUAGAAUUUUGGUCUCCCUGGCUUCCUCUUGUCUUUAAAUUUCAUUUUUGAACUUGCUCUUGGUUCAUGCAUCUCCACAGGUCUACAUUUGAUAUCUUGUUGGGCCAUCAAAUCCUCAGUAUGUACCUGAGACAGUUGCUAAUGAACACUUGUCGUUUAUUGGUGAUUGAUUUGGUGGUUUUCCAGGUUUCACAGCCAUAAAAGACAGAUUUUACAUUUGUAGUGAAGAUUCUGAUUGUGUUGUCUCUGGAGAGCUGGGAAGAGAGCCAUACAAGUCGGAGAGUUCCAAAGGCAUGUCUUGCUUUGCUGAUUCGCAGCUCAACAUUUUUAUCAACUCCUCCAUCUGUGCGGAUGUUGCUUCCCAGGUAUACAAACUCGACCACAUCCUCCAGGGGGUGCUCCUCGAUUGUGAUAGGAUUUGGUGUUGAGCCUCAUGACCUUGAUCUUCCCAGUAUUUAUACUGAGGCCUAUCUGUUUACUGUGUUCAUGCAAUCUUAUUCAUAUACUUUUUCAAAUUUUCAGACCAUAUUUUCGGUAUGUUAGACGAAAUCUUAACCUGACAUGUUUCGACUGUCAUCUGCAGUCUUCUUCCAAAGGCUCACCUGAUGUCAGGUAAAGAUUCCAUGGUCUGAUUAAAAGAAAAUUUGAAAAAGUGGUCUGCCAAAGACUUGAGACUGGGGUGGAGGUUCACCCUCAGGCAGGACGACGACUCUAAAUAUAAAGCCGGGGCUACAAUGGAAUGGUUUAAAACAAAAGCGAAAAGUCCAGACCAAAACCCAAUGGAGAAUCUGUGACAAGAUUUGAAAACCGCUGUUUGCAAACACUCCGUCUGAUCUGAUCUGAUCUGACUGAGCAUGAGAUGUUUGGCAACAAAAACUGGAAAGGCAUUACAGUCAUGGGCAAAGCUGGUAGAGAUGUACCCCGAAGGACUUGCACCUGGAUUUGUAGGAAAGGUUCUUUCACGGCUGAAUUCACUUUUUUAUAUGCAAAACAUGUUUCAUGUAUGAUCGGAAACCUCUUGAUGUCGGUCUUUCACAUAAAGUUCCAACAAAAUAUAUUUGUUUGUGGUUACGUGACAAAAUAUGAAAAGGUUCGAGAGCUUUGGCGAGCCACCGUCGCUCGUCUGAAGUCGAUCUUUUCUCGAGCUGUGCUCCAGGAAGUUGAAACGUUGCUGAGCUCACAGACGUUUUUAAGGUUUGCAACGUAAGACAAAGCCAGGACAAACAUGCUUGAACACUUUGUUUGCUUGUAAAUAAACUCGGGGCAUCUCGCAGAAGCAGGGUCUUCUCUUGGUGCCCUAAGAGACAA